AUGUCUCUCUCCCCGUGCCGGGCCCAGAGGGGCUUCAGCGCCCGCUCAGCCUGUUCUGCUGGCUCAGGGGGCCGCAGUAGGGGAGGCUUCAGCAGCAGAAGUCUCAGUCCCUUCAGGGGGUGCCGAGGACGGUCUCGUGGGAGGACUUGGGGGAUGGGGGGAAGAUUCGGGGUGCAGUUUGGGGAAGGCAGUGGUGGGCCCAGGCCUUUCCUGUGCCCUCCGGGGGGCAUCCAGGAAGUGAACGUCAACCAGAACCUGCUGACCCCACUGAAGAUUGAGAUUGACCCCCAGUUCCAGGUGGUACGGACUCAGGAGACCCAAGAGAUCAGAAUCCUCAACAACCAGUUCGCUUCCUUCAUUGACAAGGUGCGGUUCCUGGAGCAGCAAAACAAGGUCCUGGAGACCAAGUGGAGCCUCCUGCAGCAGCAGGGGGUUAGUCACAGCCCCCAAAGCCUGGACUCUUUCUUUGAGGGCUACCUGGCCCAUCUCCGGAAGUGGCUGGAGCAGCUUCAGAGAGAACGAGGAGAUCUAGAUGCCGAGCUGAAGUGCUGCUAUGACCAGGAAGAGGAAUAUAAGGCUAAGUAUGAGCAGGAGGCCCACAAGCGUGCCACGGUGGAGAAUGACUUUGUGAUCUUCAAAAAGGAUGUGGAUGGAGCUUUCCUGAGCAAGAUGGAAUUGGAAGAGAAGCUGAAGUCUCUGAGAGAGUACAUAUGCUUCCUGAGGCGUCUGUAUGAAGAAGAGCUGGGCAUGCUCCAGACCCAGGCCAGCGACAUGUCCGUGGUGCUGUCGAUGGACAACAACCGCUGCCCGGACUUCAGCGACAUCAUCGCCGAGGUCCGUGCCCGGUAUGAGGAGAUCGCCCGGACCAGCCAGGCGGAAGCGGAGGCCAUGUACCAGACCCAGUACCAGGAGCUUCAGGCAUCUGUCCAGCUCCAUGGGGACAGCAUGGAGAUGACCAGAGUCCAGAUCACCCAGCUGCAACAGGCCAUUCAGAGGCUGCAGAGUCAGAUUGAGAAUCUGAAGCAGCAGAAUGCGGGCCUGCAGGCUGCUAUCGCUGACGCUGAACAGCAUGGGGAGCUGGCCCUCAAGGAUGCUCAGGCCAAGAUGGACGAGCUGGAGGCUGCUCUGAGAGCCGCCAAGCAGGACUUGGCCCGGCUGCUGCGGGAUUACCAGGAGCUCCUGAGCACGAAGCUGGCCCUAGAUGUGGAGAUCGCCACCUACCGCAGGCUGCUGGAGGGCGAGGAGUGCAGGAUGUCCGGGGAAUGCACCAGCCAGAUCACUAUCUCUGUUGGAGGAGGCAGCACGGCUGUGUCUGGAGGAGCGGCUGGUGGCCUGGUGUGCCCCUGUGGGCCUGGAAGUGGGAGAGGCGACUUCGGCUUCGAAUCCAACUGCUCCAGCAUCGUGACCGGAGGUUCCAACAUCAUCCUGGGCCCUGGGCAGCGUCCCGGGCUGGGCUCUGGGCAGCGUCCCGAGCUGGGCUCUGGGCAGUGUCCUGUGUCGGGCUCCUGCUCUGUGUCGGGCUCGGGCUCAGGGUCCAGCUCGCGGUCCAGCUGCCGCACCAUCCUGAAGAAGACGGUGGAGUCGAGUCUGAAGACGUCCGUCACGUACUGAGUGACCCAGCAGCCGCUUGCUUGCUCCUCCCUACCCCCCACUGCCAUUUUCUGGACCCCCUGGGCCUUGCUCCCACUCCCAUCCCUGAAUGGCCAGCUCUGUGUCCACUGCCCACAGCCUGAGCCAGGCUGCAGGGGACUCUGCAAAAGUCAAUAAAGUC